AUGUCUAGCUCUGCUUCGACGCAAACCCACGUCCACUGGCUCCUCAACCCAUCCAUCGGCUCGUCCGCCCGCAUCGGUCUCCACGUCCAAGUCAAUGGUACCCGCGGUGGGUGGUAUCAAGGCGAAAGAGAAGGAUGUCGCGGUACCGUCUGCGGCAUUCAACUCGCCAAUCUCUCUACUGCCACCGCCACAGUGAAACUAGCGCCGAACGGGGAGACUCUUUCUAUCCCAGUCCAAUAUCUUUCUCCCGUUCCGCCAAACGAGGCUGGUCAAAACGUGAUCGUGCUCGAUGAUAGUAAACUUGAAGGCAGCGUGGAGUUGAAGGGGGUGGCUGUGAGUGUCGUCGCAGAGGGUGAGGUGGAGGGCAGUUGGAUCGUUACACAAGAUGGGGCUGAGUUUUACGAGAUCGAGGCGGAACAUCUGGUGGUCAAGAACGGUUGAACUCUUGAGACUUGUCUGGGAAUAUAUAUCGGAUUCAGACUCACGGGCACGCCGCUUGUGCUUGUGGACGUGCCCAGAAAGGCGGGCCACAGUGGCAUAACC